GUGUGUAUGUGUGCGUGCGUGCGUGAGGUGGGCCGGAUGUGGCGAGGAGAACCCCUGUCCCACAUUCAGACACAGACCCCCAUCGUCCUCCACAGCAGAGUCGACAGAAAUCCAGACAGGACAGACCGAAGGAAGGAGAAAAGAAAGAUGGUGAAACAAGUUGUCCGGAUCCACGUUGGGAUGCUGUUUUUGGCUCUGGGUCUGCACUUGGGGGCAGCUGCUGCAGCCAUGCUGAAAGGUGACAAGGCCCAGGAUGGAAGUGGCGGCGGCGACACCAUCAGCCACUCCCUGACCCUGGUGCAGCGCCUGGAGGCCUUGUUGGCUCAGGGGAACGGCAGUGACGUGUCGCUCAGGGUGGAGACGCCCAGCGCGGACGAGGUGAAGGUGAUCCAGUCUCACUCGCUGGUGCUCUCCCUGCAGAGCCCCGUGUUUGAGGAGAUCCUGGUGAGCCGCAACGGCAGCACGCUGGUCCUGAAAGAGAGCUCCGACUGCGCUGCCGUGUUUGACAAGUUCAUUAGGUAUCUGUACUGUGGAGAGCUCUCUCUGCGUUUGGACCAGGCGAUACCUUUACACAAGCUGGCCACUAAGUACCAAGUGAUGGGUCUCCAGCAGGGCAUCACCCAGUACAUGAGCCAGAACGUGGCACGGGAGUCCUCCUCGGGACACGUGGCGGGCUGGUACGAGUACGCGCUGCAGGCCGGCGACGUGACUCUGAGGGACAGCUGUCUUCAGUUCAUGGCCUGGAACCUGUCGUCGGUGCUGCGGAGCGGAGAGUGGGUGACCAUCAGCAGCCAGCUGCUCAUGUCCCUGCUGCAGCGCUCGGACCUGGUCCUGCAGAGUGAGAUGGAGCUCUUUGCGGCGCUGGAGGCCUGGAUUAUUCAGAAUGAGCCGGACGGUUUGACAGCGGAGAACGCACUGAGAGCCGUGCGUUACGCCAUGAUGCCGCCGCGGGAGCUCUUCCGCCUGCAGACCCAGUCAUCGGUCCUGGCUCGCUAUCAGGAGUCGGUGCGUGAUCUGCUGUACAUGUCCUACCAGUUUCACUCUGCGUCGCCACUGGCCAUGGCCAAAUACUUUGACGUGAACUGCAGCCUCUUCAUGCCCAGGAACUACCUGUCGUCGGUGUGGGGGUCUGCCUGGAUCAUCAGCAACCCCUCGCGAGACGACCGCAGCACCAGCUUCCAGACCCAGCUGGGGCCCAGUGGCCAUGACUCCAGCAAGCGGGUGACUUGGAACGCCAUGUUCUCGCCACGCUGGUUACCCCUCAGCAUGAGGCCGAUGUACACGGAGACGGGCGCCAUGCAGCCGACACGCGUUGAUGGAGGGAGCCCUCGCAUCAUCAUCACGCCGGCCACAUCCAGCGCCGAUUUCGCCGGGGUGAACUUCCAGAAGACGGUGCUUGUGAUGGCUCAGCAGCAUGGGAAAGUGGUGGUGAAACACGUCUACAACUUCCACCAGAGCACGGAAGAAAACGGCGAUUUCUUGGCCGAAGCCGACCUGUACCGCCGGACGUCGGAAUACCUCAUCGAUAGCUCGCUCUUCCUCCAUAUUGUGGUGAAGCCGCUGUACCAAACCCUUCUAACCAGCAAGAACUAAGCUGUAUGGUGUAUGAUGUACACAUGUCCCCCAGAUGAACACACACACUGUAGUUUAUUUUGACUCAAUCUCACACACACCGUCCUGCUGCCACAAAUACUCACUAGAGCACCAAAUGUGGAUUAAUCCGCCGCUGAAAAUAGUCCCCAAAAAAUGCGCUAUUUACUCCUGUUUGAGUGAUGUUUGCUAAAAACUACAGUGACCAGCUGUUUCAAGAAAUUACUGAGCAUUUUAAAAAAAAAACAUUUUUUAAACAUUUAAAAUUUUUAUUUUAUUUGUGAACCUUUUUUUUUCUUUUUCUUUUUUUAAGAUUUCAGUAGGAACCAAUGUUCUUGGGGCUGAGAGCCAUAGACGGGCAGUCGGAAAAAACAGCCGAACACAUUGUAGGUUUCAGUCUUUUCAGGGGAUUUGUUUGACAAUAAGAAAACAUAUAGAAUAUCGCCAGCCUUAUCCUUUAUGCUUGAGGUGCUGUUCCUGCUACAUUUUCUCUGUAUUGUUUUUAAAUGUUGGUGCUAUUUUACAUAAUUUACACUUAAAGGUCACAGUUUUAAUUCCUCACCCAGUAAGCACUGAUUUUGGGAUUUGUAGUUCAAACUACAUCUAGAUGUUGAGGUUUAAACUGUUAACAUAUAACAGCUGUUUCAACUGCCUACAUGUCAACAAGUUGUUCGGACUUGCCGACACAAGUUGUUGAGAUGUUCAUGAUUCCUUAAAUCGAAACAGGUGUGAUGUUUUGAAUAUGCAGAAAGUUUUGAACAAUACAAGAGAAUAAUGAUUUCCUUCACAUAACGAAUGACAUUUUUCUCCAUAAAUUGUUGCAUACAAAUUCGCGAGAAUGCAGGAAGUGUUUGAUGCUCCAAAUGUUCUGGGGGAGGAUCCCCAGGCCCCUGGUUAUAAUGU